AUGUAUCUUGCUUGUGAGAGGAGUGGCCAAUAUAGAGCAACAAAGAAGUUAAAACAUGAUGGCAACAAUACAUCAAGAAUAACCGGUACGAAGAAGUGUGGUUGUCCUUUUGAUAUGAGGGCUCAUAGGUUUACCACAUAUGAUGAAUGGACAUUGACUGUAGUAUGCGGAUUGCAUAAUCAUCCACCUGCAGAGCACCUCAAGGGAUAUUCAUAUGCGGGGAGGCUAUCAAAGGAUGAGAAAGCAUUGUUAAUGGAUAUGUCAAAUAGCAUGGUUCGGCCAAAACAAAUCCUAGUAACCUUGAAACAGCGAGAUGCCCUCAAUUAUGAGAGGGUCGAUAACUAUGCGUGGGUGUUAGCCACAUUACGUGAUGUCAUGGAUGGGUUUGUUGUGCCAACAGUAAUUGUUACUGACAGAGAGCUAGCCUUGAUGAAUGCCAUACAGAAGAUAUUCCCGAGUGCCAGACAUUUAUUAUGUCGUUGGCAUAUCAGUAAGAAUGUGUUGACCAAAUGCAAGAAAAUGUUUGAGACACAGCAAAAAUGGGAGAAGUUCAACCAUGAGUGGAACUCUGUAGUGUAUUCAUCUUCUGAAAUUCAAUACGAGGAGCGUCUUAAAUCAUUACUUAAGGAAUUCAGUAGUUAUCCUGAUGCAGUCAAAUAUGUCAUGGAUACUUGGUUGGUUCCUUACAAGGACAAAUUUGUGGCGGCAUGGACAGACACGUGUAUGCAUUGUGGCAAUGUUACAACGAACCGGGCUGAGAGUGCACAUGCAAAACUUAAAAGACAAUUGGGUUCAUGUCAAGUCUCAUUUCAGGCAUCAUUUGAGAAAAUACACAGUCUGCUUGAGUUGCAACACACUGAUAUCAAGGCUUCAUUUGAGAAAAGUCUAACUGUUGUGCAACAUCAAUUUAAACCUUCUCAAUUCAGGGAGCUACGGGGGAAUGUAUCUAUCUCUGCAUUGGAGUAUUUGCUUGUCGAGAGUAAGAGAGCCAAUUCCAUUGGUAUUGAUGUUGAAGCUUGUGGAUGCGUCCUUUGCCACACUCAUGGUUUACCUUGCGGCCAUGAGAUUGCUGACUACAUCAGACAAGAUCGUCCUAUACCACUUGCUACCAUACACUCACAGUGGAGGCAACUUCAUAUCUCCAUAUGCAAGAAAGAAGAGGAAACAGAGGUGACUUGUCAUGCAGAAGUAGAGUUGUUUGUCAACAAGUUUAAUGAAAGUGAUAGAACCAUGCGAUUGGAGCUUUUGAAGAAGUUGAAAGAGAUUGUAUAUCCGGAAAGCACUUUUCUUGUUGAGCCGGAGGUGAAGCCCAAAACACGUCCUCGGGAUCAUAUGAAGAUCAAUGUUUCUACCCGUCGUGACCCGUGUGCAUUUGAGUUAGUGCAAUCUGGACAUGAUUCCUUCUCAUCUAGGGACACUCAAAUCACUACAUUAGCUUCUACUCUGCAAAUCAAGACGAAGCGACCUGUUAAGGGAAAUGAGAAGGUGAACCCGAAAGAGAAGGCAUACAUUACUAGAACAGUGAAACCUAGUGCAUAUGUUGAUGCUUUCCCUAUUGGGUUAAAACCAUACAUUAAGUUUGUCAAGGAUGUAGCUGCAGAUGGGAAUUGUGGUUUCAGGGCUAUAGCUGCUUCAAUUGGUCAUACAGAAGAUGAUUGGGCUCAGACAGUCCUGGAUACUCACAUUGGAUGA